AUGUCCCUCCCAGUCAAUAGAGGGCGCACUGCGGCAGCUUUUCAAACGGUACUUGUUCCGCUUUGUACCCACUCGGGAAUAGUCAACAUGGCGGCUUCCGUGAGGAAAGCUGCACACGAUAUUGAUACGAGAAAGCGGACUGACGACGUUCUGUUGUCCGAGGGGAUAGACUUUAAUUCGCUGCUGCUGUCUCAGCCCGUGCUGGAUGGACUGUCCGCCGCAGGCUUCCAGAAACCUUCCCCCAUCCAGCUAAAAGCGAUCCCGCUGGGUCGCUGUGGACUCGAUUUGAUCGUCCAAGCCAAGUCUGGCACGGGGAAGACAUGCGUGUUUUGCACGAUCGCACUGGACUCUCUCGUCCUGGAGAAUCUCGCAACUCAGGUUUUAGUGCUGGCUCCUACACGUGAGAUAGCAGUGCAGAUCCACUCGGUAGUGAUGGCCAUAGGCUGUGCCAUGGAGGGCCUGGAAUGCCACGUUUUCAUCGGGGGCAGGCCUGUGAGUCAGGACAAGCCUCAUCUGAAGAAGUGUCAUAUCGCUGUGGGCUCACCUGGUCGGAUCAAGCAGCUGAUUGAGUUGGGCAUGUUGUCCACAUCCAGCAUCAGGUUGUUUGUUCUGGAUGAGGCUGAUAAGCUGUUGGAGGAGGGAAGCUUCCAGGAGCAGAUUAACUGGAUCUUCUCCUCUCUGCCUGUGAGCAAACAGAUGCUUGCACUUUCUGCCACCUACCCAGAAUCCCUUGCACAGCACCUUACUCGUUACAUGAGAGAGCCCACCUUUGUCAGACUGAAUCCCAGUGAUAUGGGCCUUAAAGGUUUGAAGCAGUUUUACAAGCUCGUGCAGUCCCAUGCGUUGCCUCAUAAGAUUUUUGAGGAGAAGGUGCAGCACUUACUGGAGCUCUUCAGUAAAAUACCGUUCAACCAAGCCCUGGUGUUUUCCAACCUGCACACACGGGCUCAGCACCUGGCAGAUGUCUUGUCCUCAAAAGGUUUACCUUCUGCUUAUAUUUCAGGUGGUUUGAGUCAGGACCAGAGACUGGAGGCUAUGUCCAAACUGAAGCAGUACCAGUGUAGGGUGCUCAUCUCCACUGACCUGACUUCCAGAGGUAUAGAUGCGGAGAAAGUGAACCUGGUGAUAAACCUGGAUGUGCCACAGGACUGGGAGACGUACAUGCACAGAAUUGGACGGGCCGGACGUUUUGGCACUCAGGGGCUGGCUGUGACCUACUGUUGCCAUGGUGAAGAGGAGAACAAGAUGAUGGCCAUCGCUCAAAAAUGCGGCCUGACUUUGUCUGUUUUGCCAUCAGUCCUAGAGCCUGCAUUGAUGGAUGAGCCAUGUGACUGGGAUGUCUGCACCAAACCGGCUACGUUGUGCAUCUUUCCUGAGCGAGUCUCCAAGACCGUAAAGAACAAGCGUUCAAAAACAGAAGGUGAACGAGCUUUUGGGAGCGACGGAACAAAAAAACCCAUGAAGAAAAGCCAUUCAUCCGUCAGACCACAUGGUGAAGAUCCUCCUCGGCCUUCGGCACUGAACCCUGACACCUCUGUGGCCCAAACUCGAAAAGAGCUGCAAGACGCUCUGCCGAAGAUUCCUCCACUCAGCUCCUUCAAGAGCUGCAGGUCUGAGUUCAUGACCUUUGAGGAGGCUGAGCGUGACUUUCACAGCUUCAUUUCCACAGGGCUGGGGAGGUCAGUGGAGGUCAUCAGGCAGUUCAGAGGUCAAGAGGACAGCAGUGUGAGUGAUCUGAAUGGAGACAGGGAGUUAGUCACGCUUGACGAUGAGGGAGCUCAUGUUACAAAUGGUGAACGUUGGAAGGGUAACAUUUCACCUCCAAGUAUGUCUUCUGGUUCUUCAAGCUCCCACUCUGAAGUGGAGGAGGUACAGAGUGAGGAGAUACCAGACCAGAACAGAGGAGGUGAAUACCCAGAAUCCACCUUGCGUCAGAUGGAGGCUGAACCAAAAGCAGAUCCACCAAGCUCUGACCCUUGUACACCUGACCCAAAAACAAGUCACCAACCUCCCAGUGCCCCCAUCGGACGAGCGCCACCUCAGCCUGUAAAGAAAGGAUUGGCGACAAACGAUAAAUCAAACAAACAAGCCAGUCAGAGGCCUCGAGUACAGAGCAGCAGGAAUAAGUUGAGGAAGAUGAACGUAGACGCUGGCAAACAUAGACAAAACGGGCCUGAAAGAACUGCAAGAGAGCAAACAAAGGAAACAGACGGAGAUCAAGAUGAAGAGGAGGAGGAGGGGUGGAACACUGACACCUACUGGAGAGCCUGCUACAGAGCAUGGAAUAGCUACUAUGCGUCCACGGCCCCUGUUCAGCCUCACGAUUACCAAAGCUACUACAGCGUAGUUCACAACUGGAUGGCAGCGUAUCGUAUGAAUGCCGUGUACGUGGAAGAACUCAUGAAGCACUGAUGUUUCUGUACUUUAUUCAGAUUUAUAAUGCUGCUUUCUUUUUUGUUAAAUACCUGGAUGUCUGCAAACAAUCACAGCAUUAAAUGCAGAUUCU